GCCGCAUGUCAACACAAGAAGGUUUGGUGGAACUUCGCUUGUUGCCUUCCACAGAGCUUGGUGCCAUGGGGCAGCUUUUUGCCAAAAAACACCAGGCAGCUCCGCCUCCAAAUGUGGAUCAAGAUGACAUGGCAUUGCUGGACCUGAAGGCUCAGAGGGAUCAGCUGUUGAGCAGCCGCCGGCGGGUCGACAGUCGGUCGCAGAAAGCCCAUGAGGUUGCAAGGACCUUGGUGGCAAAGGGUCAGAAGAAGGAAGCGAUGCUGGCGCUGCGCCGUUGGGAGCAGCAGAAACGGCUGGGCGAAGAUUGCCAAAAUCAUCUAGCGAAGCUGGAGGAGCUGAUCUUCAGCAUUGAGAUGGCCCAGACGACCCGCGGAACUGUGGAGGCGUUAAAAACGGGAGUAGCCAUGAUGAAAAGGAUUCAAAAGGACAUCGGAGGGGUCGAUCAAGUCCAGCGACUGCUUGGCGACCAAGAGGAAGCGAUUGAAGCCCAGCAGGAGAUUGCUGCCAUGUUGGCAGGGGAUGGUGUCGAGGACGCCGAGAUGCUCUCGGAGUUGUCACGACUUCAGGAAGAAGCUGCUUUGAGCACUUUGACGAAGGAAGAUCCGCAGAAGGAGAAGGAACCUAUUCCUGCUGUGGUGCCUCCAGAGACUGCAAGCGCGGAGGAGAAGAAACCAACUCCUACUGUCGAGUCUUCAACAGAGACAAUGCGGGCAGAGGAGAAGCCAUUUAAGCCUGCUGAAGCAGCGGCAACCCCGGUGCCUGCUUGAGGUACAGGGAGGCUUCCAACUUGCCGACUGCCAAGCAGCCGCAAAAAGCAACGGGCAGCAUGUGUCGCGCAACGCUGGGUUGCUGCGUGCAGCGCUUUCAAUCUGAUUGCGGAAUGCUUUGCCUUGGACGAUAGUGCCUUGAUUCUGCCUGGAAUGCAUGCAUGGGUAAGGAAACUGGCUAUUGGCUGCAAAGGUUUGAGAGACAGGGAAAACCCGCCCAGAAACAUCUGCAGUAGACUUAUCAGUCAUGGCUCUUGGGAUGAAGAAGACUUCUCACAAAUUGCUUUCGUUCUAGACACGCAAGCUGGCACAAACCAACACAAGCCACGUCCGUCUUGAAGAGUCUUUUACAUCCAUGCCUGUG